AUGGCCGAUUCGGAGGCAAAUGCAAAUAUGCAAAAUCGAAAUCGAAAGCGAAAGCGAAAGCAGGGAUUCGACUGCCAACCUCAAAACCCGUCCAAACUGCACCGUUUGGAUUCUGCUCUCAAACCUUCCAGUCCCUGGAACAACCUUCAACUCAUACUCUGCAUCCAAGACAAACACAAUGAUCUUCACAGUAAGGUCAAUCAAGCAUUCAAUUUUGUUCAGUCAAGAGUGGAUGAUGGUGUUGGCUCUGAUCAGGAUUGUGAAACUGUAAAACUGCCAAGACUACUAUGUUACCUUAAUGAUUGGAUCCUCACUUUGUUGUUCCCUCCCAAUGGGAAGGAAAAUUGGGGUGAUGGGAAGACGCCUCAGGUUGAGGGAAUUGAGGCAUACAUGGAUCUUCGGUGUUGGGAACUAUUCAAGUUUUGCUUGCAGGAGUCUUUGAAGUUUCAUAUCUCUUUGAAUAUGUCCCGGAACCUUCUACAAACAGUUCAGUUUAUUGCCAGAAAUGCUCUGUCAUUGCUUGAGGAAUCUUCUAUCUGUUCAGAACAUUUUAUAUGUGAGGAAAGGUAUAAACUGUAUGAUACUGCUCUUGAUUGUUUUUCAUUGCUAUUCUCAUCUCAUGGUGGGUUGUCAAGUGAAAACUUGGACUCGUGGGUUGAAACAGCUAAGGUAGUGCUUGACCUUGUGCUGAGAAUGUACAGCAAGAACCUUGAUGAGAGCCGUGUGGGUGCUUUUGUUUUUCGCUUAUUGUGGUUGAUGCUUCAGUCAUUCUCUAAGUUUUUGAGGGUACAUCCAGCUAGGAAAGGAUUUCAUAAUUUUGUUGAUAAACUCCUUGAGCUGUUGUUGCAUUUGUUGGGUGAGUUUCAUCUUCGGCUUAAUGGAAGUAAUCCCAUUUGGAUGGGGAGAUUAAUAAAGGCAGUGGAAGAAGUUCUUUCUCAUGGACUUUUUCAUCCGGUGCAUAUUGAUGAAUUUUUAAGCUUACACGGUUUAGAAAAGUAUGUUGCUUCAUGUGAUGAUAAGUCAAAAGACUCAAAAGCAACUAUUAAGAGUUAUCCUAGACAUUUAUUUGAUGCACUGAACAAAAUUAUAGCUAAAAGGAAUGUCAUGGCAAUGGGUAGCUUAGGUUUGUUAUUUCACUUGUAUGUUAAUUCAGCAAGAAAAUUCAAGGAAACUUCGGUGCUGUGUGAAGGAAGCAAGACAAUGGAGAAAAUGAAUGAUUUAAGGCAGCCAGUGCCAGGAGAACAUUGUAGCCUAAAUAAUAUUUCUGCUGACACUCAAAAAUCACUUUUUAAUUUUUUUGUACUGAUUAUGGAACCUCUUUUGCUCGAAAUUACUGCCUAUACUCAAGCUGAAAUAGAUGCCAAACCCCUGUUGUUGGAUCUUUGUGGCAUACUCAAGUCUCUUGGUAACUUGCUUACUUGUUUUAUGACAGAUAAGGUUUACGUGAGAACAGAGGACAGAUCUGGUAGAUCUUGUCUUAAUUUCUUGAAGAAAAUAUUUAAUAUACUGAUUACAUGUUCCACUGACGUACUCUGCUUGUCCAACUAUGAUAUGACUAACAAGUGUGGUAAUGAGAUACUGGUUGCUUUGGGAUAUCUUUUGGAAAUUGAAUAUGAGGUUAUUGGUGAAGAUUUGGUAAAUUUAUGGCUUCUUAUAUUGUCAUGUUGUGCCAUCAAUUGCAAUUUGGCGAGUGAUUUUGAUAAAUGCUCAUUAUCUUCCACUAUACCUACUCUGGGGUGCCAAAUAAUUAAUCUCUACAGUCAACUUCGCCAGGUGGAAAUUGCUAUUUUAGCAUUGUGCAAAGCAAUAAGACUUAUUAUAUCUCAUGAGGGUAAUACUGAAGAAAGUUCUUCUAGGUUAUUUACAUUUUUGUCUAAUGAAGUUCACUCUGAAUCAGUUGAAAGGCUGUUAUCUUCACAGAAGUUCAUCCAUGCCAUUUAUAAAGGCAUUGAAUCUAUUCCAGAAGGGCAAGUGCGUGGAUGUAUUAGACAUAUAACAGAUGAUAUAUCCGAAUCUCUAAGGUGGAUGAAAGAUUUCUCUCCAUUGGUUGAUGGCAAGAAAUUGCAAAUUUUUAAUCUGCAAGUGGAACUCUUGGGUAGAGGGCUGUGUAGACUUUAUUGUUUAGUUCUUGAUUCAGUCACUAUCACUGAGGGCAACAGCAAUCUUCUUGGAGUUGCUGUCAAAGAACUAAUGGCAAUAAUUCGUCCCUACUUGAGUAUUCUAGUUGGACAACAAGAAGAUAGUAUCUGCAAGUUAUUUUCUUCUGUCAUAGGUAAAAGUGUUGAUCAGGUGGUCAGAAAGGGAAAGGUUUUAAAGAAAUUUGGUAGAUCCAGUCAAUGGGUCCUUGUGUUCUUUUUUCAGUUGUUUGUGUCCUGCCGAAGCUUACAUAGACAAGCAAUCAGUCUUAUGCCUCCUGGUUUAUCAAAGAAGAUGUCUGCUGAGGCGGGGGAUUGCACAGCAUAUUCUGCUUUUGAGUUGAUGGAGAGGAUUGAUGACAUAGAUAAUGGUUUUUUUUCUUGGAUUCUUCAACCUUCUGCUUCCCUCCUUGACGUUAUGCAAUUUAUUUCAGACAUAUUUCUUAAAUAUGACUCAGAUGAUUUGUCCCCUUUGAUCUAUAUAUUUCAAUCUAUGGCUCUUCAAAGGCUUGUUGACUUGAAUAGGCAGAUUGUAUUGUUCAAGUAUUUGCAAAAGAAGCGUCAUAGGUCACAAAUCAAGGAACUGAAGGAAGAGGCAGCUGGACUUACUAAUUUUAUUAUGGAAAACCUAUCAUGUGUGUAUCAAUCCAUAAUCUCAGUUUCUGAUUCUGUAACCUGUGAACAUGUAGUUUCUGUGGCUCCUCAGAGCAAUGGAUGGAAUCUAGGAGUUUAUGUUGCAAACAAAAACUCGUUGCCAACAGUCAUUUGGUCUAGUCUCUGCAAAAAUGUUGAUAUUUGGGGCAACCAUGCUUCAAAGAAGCAAUUAAAAAAGUUCUUCUCACAUUUACUUCAUACUUCCCUUCACUGUGUAACAAGCAGUUUUCAAGAGCAAGGUAUGCAAGAAAUUGAUGAGAAUAAGCUGCUUAAGAGGGUCACUUUGUCACAGAUAUCGUCAGAGCUUCUAAAUGAUUCACUUUUGUAUGAACAAAAGUUUGCCCACAGGAAUCUGGCCUCAAUAUUUUGCCGUGCUUUAGAGAAAUCUGUGCUUCCAUUAUUUAGUAAUAUCAUGUGUACUGAUGUCAAUCUUCGGUCAUCGCCUCAUUGGCUCAAAUUUUUAAGUGCCCUUGUCUACUCAGCAGUGGUUGUUGAUGAAAAUAAAGAGGUUCCAGUUGAUUGUUCUGCAGAGGAGAAGUCAAUCACUCAUUUGCAUCACAAACCUCUUGCAGAUCUCAGCAGAAAAGAAAAGAUUUUUCCUAUUACAGACAAAACUUUUAGAGAUUGCCACCAUUUGCUUGAUCUCUUAUGUCGGAUGCCAGAUAUAAAUGCAAGAUCAGUUUCACAUCGUGUGACUUGUAUUUUCAACCUUGAACGGCUUCUUGUCAGUGCCUUGCUAUAUUUUCAGAGUACAGUGUACCAGGAUUAUUACUGUGAGUAUUUAAGAUUAUUUGUUUCUUGUCGGAAGGCCUUAAGGUAUAUAUUACCAGGGUUUUGUGAGAAGGCUGAUGCUGUCCAAUCCUCACCAAACUCAAUUAUUUCAGAAAGUUCAUACCCUGUUAUAUGGCUUUUAAAGUCAUUAUCUGCAAUUGUUGGGAUUAAAGAGGCAUUCCCAGAAGAAUUUAAAUCUCUGAUGUUUUCAUUAAUUGAUCACACAACAAAUGUCUUGUUUGGCAUGGGAAAAUAUCAUUUUAUCCCUGUUUUUUUCAUUAAUAAAGAAGCUGAGAUGCCUUGUGAAGAGAUCUCUAGUCAUAAAAUUUGCCAUGAAGAAAAUCAUUUGAUUCCAUCUUCUCAGUCAAUAGAUUCCCCCAAGCUUGAGGCACUGAAAUGUUUAACUUUUAUUGCAGAGAAUUUGAAAGAGCAGAUGCAAAGCUUGCUUGUUUCUGUUAACGAUACCCCUUGCUAUGACAAUGCGGGAUUUGGUCUGUCUUAUGAAAACAUUAACAGAUUGUCUUCUGCAGUUUCUUGCUUUAGUGGAGUUUUUGGGGGCCUCACAUCUUUCAUGGGCCAAAUAGAUGCAAAAGAUAGUAAUCAGAAAGAAAAAGUGUCAAUGCGCAAAAGUGAACAUGCCUCUGAACUAAAUAGUAGUAUAUGUUCUCUUGUGGAACUUUUUGAUUUUGUUGUAAAUGAAUUGCUUAUUGAGAGUACUCAACUCUCCAGAAGUUUGCAUGAUACACAGAAUUUUGAAAAGCCACCCCUCAACUUAUCUUUCUCUGGUAAAAAAUAUUUGUCAAUUGAUUGCCCAGUUUCUAAGGAUAAUGCCUCAGCUGGUACUCAAAAAGAAUCUAAAGAAGCAGGUAGUUUCUCCCCUUCAUCAGUAAUUGAUAAUAUCUCCAAAAGUGCCAGUGAUCCUGAAAGAAUUUUGAAUCUAGAAAGCGAAAAUUCUGUUGCCUGUGUUUUGGCAAGGGUGGAUUCCACUGAGUUGCAGGGUUUGAAUAAGUCUUUGUUGCAAAGCUUGGUAAAAGGUGAUCAUCCUGCAGUAGCUUUUUUAAUAAGACAACUACUAAUUGCUUCCUCGUCUCUUUUGAAGCUAAAUUUGCAGAAGGAUGAUUGUUUCUUGCCUUCACGUUUUGUAGCUACUUUCAUUGAAAUUUCACAAGUCUUGUUAAUUGAAUUCACAGAGAUGGUUGUGGUCCCAAAACAAUCUACUUUUCUUCUGUUAGAUGGUGCUCUCAGUUAUCUGAGAGAAAUAGCAAGUUGUUUUCAUUUUGCUGACCCUACCUCAUCUAGGAGAGUAUAUACAAAAUUGAUACAGAUUCACAUGAGGGCAAUAGGCAAGACCAUUUUGUUGCAAGGAAAAAGGGCGACACUCUCCUUUCAUGAAAGGCAGUCAAAUACCAAGACACUUCGUAAAGGCUCUGUUGAAGCUUAUUCUUCUACUGAACCGCACAACUUUUGCGUGGAUGAAUUUAAAUCUAGACUGCGGAUAUCAUUCAAAGCAUAUAUAGAGAGGACAUCAGAGUUGCAUCUUUUGUCUACUAUACAGGCCAUUGAGAGAGCUCUUGUUGGAGUUCAAGAAAGAUGUACUGUGAUCUAUGAUGUUAAAACAAGUAAAGAUGGCGGGGAAAUUUCAUCACUUGUCGCAGCUGGCAUUGAUUGCUUUGACAUGAUUCUUGAAUUUGUUUCAGGUCGGAAAGGCAUGAAACUGAUUAAAAGACACUGUCAGAGUUUAGUAGCUGCUGUUUGCAACAUUAUUGUGCAUUUACAGAGCCCGCUUAUUUUUUAUGUUAAUUUGACAUCUAGGACAGUUACCAGUAGUCCUGAUCCUGGGUCAGCCAUUCUCAUGUGUAUUGAAGUACUGGUUACAGUUUCAAGGAAACAUGCUCUAUUCCCAAUGGAUGUGUGGCAUGUGGGUCACUUGUUACAUAUCCCUGCAGUACUCUUUCAGAAUUUCCAUCAGCUUAGAAUUACUAAAGCUUUUGGUCCAUCAGAUUCAUUGAUGAUUUCAGAAGAGCAUAUUUGUGAUCCAGUAGAUGGAGUCAAUUUCUUUCAUGUAGAUCACCAGUUCUCAGUUAAUCUAUUUGUUGCUUGUUGUCAACUAUUGUGUACCACUAUUAGGCAUCGACCAAGUGAGUGCAAGCAGUGUGUUGCCCAUCUUGAAGCUUCUGUCGCCAUUCUUCUUAAUUGUUUGGAGACAGUUUUAGAUAAUGAAUCAAUGGUGAAUAUAGGUUGCUUUUCUUCAGAAGAGGGAGUGAAAUGUGCUUGCUUUCUGCGAAGAAUUUAUGAAGAGAUAAAACAGCAGAAGGAUAUCUUUGGCCGCCAAAUUUCUCUAUUUUUGUCCAACUACAUAAGGGUUUAUUCUGGAUACGGUCCCAAAAGAAGUGGCAUCAGAAGAGAAGUAGAUGAAGCUCUAAGACCAGGUAUCUAUGCUUUAAUAGAUGCUUGCUCAGCUGAUGAUCUUCAGUAUCUUCAUACUGUUUUUGGAGAGGGACCUUGCAGAAAUACCCUUUCAAGUCUUCAGCAUGAUUACAAACUCAAUUUUAAAUAUGAAGGAAAAGUUUGAUCUUAAAACUCUGUACGUGGCACAGCUUGAUUAAGGCGUGCACUCCUAGCUGCUGCUGUUGCUGGGAAUCUGGAAGUUCGGGUGCCUGUAGAGACCCUCUAUACUGCAAUUAGGGGUGUAAUGAAAGUGUCAAAAUGGGAUGGAGAACGAAAAUUUAUUAGGCCAAUCCGGCUCUUUGCAGGUUACGGAUCAAACGGAAUGAGUGUUGGGACAGGGUUUGUUGAGGGGGAGAACAAUAAUCACCAGCUUCGUUCCAAAUGCCUGCUCGAAAAAGAUUUUUGACAACGACGGAGAAUAAGAUCUGUUCACAAUUUUGUCGCAAAUUGAAAUUUCAUAAUAUUAAGCUCUAAACACCCCGUUAAGUUGCAUCAUCUAUACUUGCUAGUCGACCCCACAUUUUGGUAUGUGUGAUGAUACUAUCGUCACUCUUACGGAAUAUGGUGAUAAGCCUAAUAGAUAAUAUUAAAAGGGUAACAACCCCAUGUUGUGUGGAGGACAAUAUAAUGUGUAUAAUAUGUAUGUUCUCUCGUUCUUGUUUGGAUUCCCUUCUUUUUUUAAAAUAAAAUUCCAUGUGGGUAACCUAAUGGACAAUUAAAUGCCUUUCCUUGCUAUUGCAUGCUUUGACCUUAUCGUUCUGAAUCUCUUCUACAAACCUUUCUUCUCGUCU